CUUCAACUGUGUUCAGCGAGUACAUACUCAAUCUGCAUGCCGGCAUGGUUUGGUAUGCAUUCAUAACAUCUGGCUUCGCCGGCUGGCUCAUGCCCAUACCCUCACAGCCACCGCAGGUAUCCGACGAAGCGAACUUGAAGAUCAGCGCUUGUGCUCCAAACGGAGCUACAGUUCCGGUCACAGCAUUUCCAACCUUAACUGAUCGCGAUGUGGUCGAUUCACGUGCAUAGGUUGUCUGAGGCUGGUAGGCGAAAUCUCACUCUUUUGUAGAUGCUGUGUCGGAUGAUAGUGCUCUCGGGAUAUAGACAUGCUUCUUCGCGCAAGCGCAGCAACCACUCAUCAUUAUCAUUACGCGAGUCUGCACCGUGUUUGCUUCGCAGAUGCGAUUCAUCGGUGGACAGUUUUCCAACCUGGGCGUUCA